GAAGUGGAGGACACGACCCCAAGCCGCUGCUCCACCAGCUUCAAGGUUCUCGUUGUCUCGGGCCGGUUCCGGGGGAAGCCCCUGCUCCAGCGACACCGGCUGGUGAACGAGCUGCUGGCCGAGGAGCUGAAGCACAUUCACGCCUUCGAGCAGCGCACACUGACCCCCGAGCAGUGGGAGAAGGAGCGGGGGGGCCUGCAGUGAGCCCCCCCGGAGCAGGACGCAGGUGGGACCCCCGCUCCCCACGGAGCUGAGCCAUCGGCUGGAAUAAAGGAUUAUGGGCAACGAAA